AGACUGAGGGUGAGAGUCUCUGACUCUGGUCAGAGUCUGAGAGUGAGCAGAAAAAUGACUUUAGUAGCCAGAUCUAGCAGGCUUUUAAUUGACAAUUUAAAAAGACAUUUAAGUUCAGUGUGCCAUAUUCAUCAUAGAACUUCACACAAGUUUCCAUAUGUAGCAAAGUUUUUGUCCUAUAGUCCAGCAAUAAGUCAACAAAAUUUAGUUUUCAAAUAUUUCACAGCCUCAGUUUUUUUAUCACUACGAAAGCUAAGUACGACUAGGAGUAUAGCAAUAUUUUGGAAGGACAAGAUUAGUGUUCAAGACACUAACAAAAUGAACAAUUCACAUACUAGCCACGAUGGUAAAAGUCUUGUCAACAGAUAUAUAUUUGUUCAGACAUUGGACCAAUUCUAUGAAGAUGUACCAGAUGGAAUCAUUUUAGACACAGCAUAUGCAGACUCUCGCCCUGGAGAAGCAUAUGAUAAAUAUGUACCUGUAGUACUUGGACUGCAUGACACACCUGGAACACAUCAUGAUUUGUUGCCGAUUCUUGGAACCUUUGCAAAAUUAGGUUGUAGAACAAUUGCUCCAACUUUUCCAGGACAUGGUGAGACACAGAGUUUGAUGAGAGGUCUUGACAAUGUCUUCUGUCACUCAACCAUAGAGAGAGCUUUAUUUGUUCAUAAUUUUUUAAAUGAACUGGACAUAAGGAGGGUAGACAUGGUAGUAGCCAUAGGAGCUGCGUGUUACCCUGCUCUUCGACUGUGUGCAGGAGGAGACUUGACCAACUUUUACAGGUCAAUGGCUUUGAUUUCCCCAUGGCCAUUGACCAGAAAAAGAUAUGAAGCCAACAUUGAGCUUGCCAGAAGAAUUCAAUAUCUGUGGGACAAUCCCUUAUUACGUCCUCCAGUCAGAUUGCUGUUGCCUUCUUACAAGGAUGGUAAAUCUCAGACAAUCAGAGAGAAAGUUACAUCGGCUUACUUGUUGAAUAAUCUGAAUCUACCAGAGGCAGCUGGUUUUGCUUUGGCAGCUGGAAUUUUGAAUGUUCCUCGUUUUGUUAUGUUUGGUGAGUGUGACCAUGAAGUGGAGAAAAAUCUUUACUAUGACUUUGUGGACAAAAUGGAGAUACCUAAAGCUAACAUCUCCACUUACAAAGGGAAAUUAGAUUUCCCUAAGUUGCCAGGUGCUAUGGCAUUCCCUGAAGACAACUAUGACAUACACAUGGAACAUCCUGGAGUUAUUAGUAUAAGCCUCUUAAGCCUUUUGAAACUGUUUUACCCAAAUAUACAGUUGUAGUCAUUUUAUUAUGUACAUAGCUCUAACUCUUUCACUGACAUCCAAUGUAUAGGACAUUGUAUCAGCUGUUUUAAAGAGUUUAGUUUCACAAAAUAGGCAGAUAGUGGAAGGGAGCAAAGUUCAAGGGAAGUUCAUCUGACAAAAACUGAUUCAAGUCAUUUUAAUGACAUUUCUGAAAAUAUACAAGAAAUGUUUUAUAGUUUAAAAAACUUUUUCAUUGAAAUGAACUCCCUUUGUUAUUAUAUUUUCCUAAAAAUAUUAUCCAUUCAAUCCCAGAGUGAGGUAGUGUUGACAUUUAAGUGUGUUUUAGAGAACCAAGCAUAAUGUACAAAACUAUAAUACUGUAUUGUGUAGGUGUUAUUCUUUAAGCUUAUCAUUGUUAGUUUCAACACUGAUAUGUAUGUUUGUGAGUCUUGUGAGUUAAAAAGUUGAAUUAUAUGAUUGAGCAGAAGCUUGGUUUUGUUUCUUCUGGUAGAAAAUUUUUAUUUUCAACAAAAUAUAAAUUCCAAAUAAAAUACAUGUUUUAAUUACCCACAGGAUGAUAUGAAUCUUAGUCCCAUGAAAAUAAAAAAUAAAGUUGAAAAAAAACAACAUUAUUAAAUCAUUUGACUUUUAAAAAGUCAUAGAACAAUCAUACAUGUAAAAAAAAAAUUGUCUACUGUUAAAAGUACUGAAGGCAAAGGGAGAGCUUUAUGUACUCUUGCAAUAACUUGAAGGGUGUAACCAUCAUCCUCAUUGAAUAACUCGAAGGGUGUAACCAUCAUCCUCAUUGAAUAACUUGAAGGGUGUAACCAUCAUCCUCAUUAUUUCAGGUUCCCUUUCACAAGUAUAAUUCUAUUCUUGUUAGUGAAUGUGGACACUAGCUCUGAUCAAACAGACAGCUGACAAAAUGAUAUUUAAAAACAAAUUAAACUGCAUUACAUGGAUUCAUAAAUAUGAGAGUGUUUAACAAAUAUUCUCUAGGCAGGUGGGUAGCAGGAUUAUUGAAUGUUUUUAAAAAGAAAAUGAGUUUUCUCCACAUUUCAGUCCC